UGAACACGUAUUGAUUUUCAUGGAGAACAAAUUAUUGAGAUAGACGGUAUACAAAUCAUGGCGGAUAGUUUGUUGCAAACCUGUGAAAACGGAACAGAUGAAAAUUGUGAAGAGAAUUUAUUUGAGAUUGAGGAAGACUCCGAUGAGGAGGAAGAUUUCUUUCAAUACAUUCUUGAUGACAAUAUAGAGGGUGUCAAACUGAAACUGGAAGAUGGGUACAAUGCUUUGUCAGUGAGUAAACAUGGAGAUAUGGCUCUUCAUUUUGCAACUUUGAACAGCAAAGUGGACGUGUUACGUGUUUUUGAAAGUCAACUGCGGAACAAUGCAGCAAUAAACACGGUACAUUUGAAAAAUACUGACGAAUGUGGCACUGCUCUUCAUACUGCUAUGGAUGGUCAAGUGUCUGUGGAAACUGUGUUAUUUCUCUCAGAAUGGGGGGCUGAUGUUAAUGCGAAGGAUUUCAGGGGAGGAACCGUACUCCAUGAACUGAUUGACAUGGCAUGGGUAGACUUCGAGGAAGACUUUGAUAGGGAGAAAUACUUAACAUCAAAUCCCAAAGACGGACAAAGUUAUUUGACAAAAUUAUCCAUUCUUCAUCACCAUGGGGCAGACAUGAACGCAAUUCAUGAUUUGACAAGUCUAACACCACUACACAAAUGGUGCCAACAAUUUUUUUGGUGCACAAAAAAAUGUGAAGAUAAAGGCUGUAUUCCAGACUGGUGUUUUAUGUUCUUAAACAAAAUGCUUGAAUAUGGUUGUAACGGGAAAUGUGUAAAUGACCGAGGGGAGAACCAUCUUUAUUACUUUGCACAGAGGCGCUACAAAGAGACACACCAUCGCUUUAUGGUGGGCUAUGGCAGAAUGUGUGAACUUUUAGUUAGGUGUUCUGAUCUUAAGCAAAAAAAUAUCAACGGUCACACCAUUCUUCAUGCUGCCGCAGAAUUUUCCAAUAUUGUUAUCAUAAGAGAACUUCUCAAACAUGGCAUAGACGUAAAUGAGAAGGAUAAAUUUGGUCUUACGGCAGUUCAUCUAAUUACACACAAUAUAACAAAUGAUGAAAGAGGGUUGGUGAUAGGAAUUCUUGACUUACUUCUUGAACAUAAUGGUUACAUAAACGCUACCGAUAAUCAUGGAUCCACGCCGAUUCACCAUGCAAUAAGCAUGCAUAACUCUACGGCCGUUUCUUAUCUUAUUCAUCAUGGUGCUGACCUGCAGCUAAAAGAUAAUUCUGGACUUGACGCACUAGAACUAGCGACCAUAACGGGGGGAAGUGAAAUACAGAAACACUUAGGAAUAUUAUACCAAAGGUCCCAACCGGAAGGUCAUUCAGGGGUCACGGACUUUGAUACAGGUUAUUACUAUCCUCGAUGCUGUCAAUGGACCGGAAGUGAAACUUCAUUCAGCGAAGAAGCAGAAAUUAUCAAAGAAUCGCAAAUUAAGUCUUUUCUUGAAACCUUUUGUUUUUGUCCACAUAACACAAAUUUCAUCAUUCAAAACUGUAUGCAUUUUUAUGACAAAAAACAAAGACACUAUUUUUUGAAAGACUGCAACAAACUUCAGGACGAAUUGAUGUGUGUUAUGGAAAAGAUUGUUACUGAAGUGAAUAAUGAAAAUAAAUUAUUCCAUUGUGAUUUCAUUCUCGGGGGCAGUAAUGCUGAAGGUACAAAGGUAGGUGCUCCUGAUGAAUUUGACAUUCUGUUCAUUUUGAAUACCUUGAGCAAUAUGGUUGUUCCUGAAGAAAAUGAAGAAUUCAAAGGGUUUGUCAAACUGAAAAUAAAAGAUGGUGACUCUAUUAGGUUAAGCCCAUCCAUAACUAAUGAUAAUGGAUACGUCAAAAGAGAAGCACUGAGUUGCCAUUUUCACAAACUGCUGGAAAAGGUGCUUCGUAGAAAGGAAAUAUUUGAAAACACGUGCUUUGAAUCCCACAAUGGAACGGUGAACGCAGAAGGAGAAUGCUGGGAUAUAGGGCAACUAAAUCUGAAGUGGUACGGUCCAUUUCGAAAGCGGCAAAUGGUCAAAAUUGAUAUUGUACCGGUAUUGCAGAUACCCAACUGGAGAACAAUGUUCUUAAACAAAAACAUAAACAUUAUAGAUUCGAAAACAAUGCAGUCUGUCGGUUGUUUUCUUGUAAUGAAAGAUGCAAGACUGGAAAUAGCAAACCUAACGUCGGCAAAUAUUGAGGACACCGAUUUAAUUGAAACAGAGAACCAACUAUUUCAAAUAUCAUUCUCCCAGUUAGAAAAUGCAGUCAUCUUUCACUUGCCAGACGAAAUCAGAAGUGGCUUGAAGGUCGCAAAGACAAUUCUUCUACAGAGUCCAAGAAUAGGUUGUAAAAGGGUAGAGCUCAACGAAGACGGGAUCUGUGACCAACUUUUACAAACAUCAGAUGGUCCAUUAUUUGUGACCAAUGUCCAUCACUAUUUAACUAGUUAUAAAAUCAAAACAGCUUUACUUCAUGUCUUGGAUGAUUUCAGGCAAAGGACAAAUCUCUGUGAAGCUGAUCUGAAGCCAGAGUCGUGGAAUAAGCUGGUAAUGGAUGCAAACAAACUUGAACCAAGGGAGAGCAACCUAUGUGAGGUUUUAAAGUGGACCAGAAGAAUUUACAAAAAACUACUACAUCUUGCAAAACUCUGGGGACACAUUCCGGAUUAUUUUUUAUCCCGUCAAAAAAUGACAGGAAACAUUGUUACCACUCAAAACGAAACUAAUGUAUUGGCGGAGUACUGUGAAAUCAUGUUAAGACUGACUGAAAACUUUAAAGUACCCGAUCAUUUCGCCUCAUCUACUAAUUAAAUCUAUCAACCCUACUCCGGUUUAUCAUUUUUACAUGCAUGCGAGUCCUGUGGAUGAGAUUUUAAAGAACGCUGUCCGAGCUACAGUAGGCUUCAGCCUGAAUUCCUAAAUAUCUUAAAGAUAUAAAUUUGUUUCACCUCACCUAAAAAACUGAAUUGUUAUGAGUGAAAUUUUCCUGUUUGGACGUACAAUGACUUUAAGUUUAAUUGAAUCUGCCUUUUAAUGUUGUAUAUUUAGUUUUAUACUCU